AUGGUACUUCCUCAGCUUCGAGUCUUCUUUUCGGCCUUCCGAGGUCUCAUCUCGACAGCGCUACGUAUCGUUCUCUGGCGCGUAUUCUCUCUGUUUGCUUUGAUUCAUCAGGUCGAGAUUCUAACCCUAGUUUUGAUGGCUGUUUGGUUGCGGGAUCUUCCGGGAGUGGUGGUGAUGGUGAGGUUUGAGGGUGAUGGGUUUGUUAAUGCUGAGUUCCCGGAAGAAGUUGUUUCUGAUUGUACCGCUGAGUUGAUUGGUUUAAUUGAGAGGUCGCAAGGUAAUGGUGGCGAGAAUCCUAAUAGGGAUGAAUCCGAAAUUAGGGUUUUAAGCGCGGCGAAUGAAUUAGAACAGGAGAAGAAACAAGAAAAACAUAUUGGAAAUGAAUCCCUGGAGAGAAAAAUUGGAUCAACAAAUGGUAUACGCAAGGUAGAUGAUUCUAAUAUGAUGAUGGUUGAUAGAAAGGAGGAACCUCUGAGUUCAUCUGCAACUGAGUAUGUGAUCUCAGAACUUCAGAAGGUGAAAGGUGAUAAUAUUGACUCUGUUACCAGUGUUAACUUGCGAAGUGCAUGCACUGUAAAUGUUGGAUUGUAUGGCCAGGCUUUUGAGAAUUCAGAUAAUGAGGAUGAGGAAAACCAGUUGGAUGACAAGGUUGAUGAAGAUGGCAUGAAGAAGAGGAGAAGGACCUUGACCAAGGAGAGAAAAGAGAAGAAAAAGAAAGCGAAGAAAAGGAAACGAGCACAGAUAGAAAGAGAGCAAGGAGUCAAGAGAUUAAAGCUGCAAUUGGUGGCAAAGCCAAAACCAGUGAGAUAUUGUGAGGAGAUGCGUGUAAAUUUUUCCCAUGAAGCUACUCCUUUGACCAAGUCUCAGCCAUGUAAGUAUUUUGCGUGUAAUACUUGCUUAAAAGGGGAUGAUUGUCCAUUUGAUCAUGAACUCUCCAAGUAUCCUUGUCACAACUUCCAGUCCAAAGGCAUGUGUCUCCGAGGAGAUAAUUGCAAAUUUUCUCACAAGAUGUCAAGUGUCGAAGAUGCUUCAACAACAUCAGCAACAAAUAUAUCACAUUCUUCACCAUCAACCAUAACGUCAAAUAUAACAAAUCAAUUCAAUGUGAAGAAUCACUCUACCACUUCAAGAUCUACAUUUUCCAUCUACGAGGAUAUGAAGAAAAACUUGGUGGACAAAUGUCUGAAGCCUCCGGUGCCCUCUGUGGAAGGUUAUCCAACAGCAUCAACAAGCAGCAAAUCAGAUACUCCAUUAUCAAAUUCAAAUAUAAAACAAGUUAAUUUGAAGAGCAGCUCUCCAGUUCCAAAUGAACUACUGCAACAUACAACUCCAAGCUCAAGAAAGGAAAACUUACUGGAGAAAUUCUUGAAGCCUUCAGUAAAAAUUCCCAGUGGAGUUUGCUUCCUUCAAUUUGGGAAGGAACCAUCUUUUGUCACUAAUAAGAGCCCGCCAAGUGACGAGAAGAAGCCUCUCGUUUCAAAUAUUACUUCGAGUACCUUACUGAAUGGCUCAUGCAGUAAGGAACAACGGAACGACAGCUUUAGGCCUGCUUCUGAGAUUGAAUUGUCGGAUGCUAGUAAAAUCUUAGAAGAGUUUUUAUUCAUUGGAUGAGCAUAGAGCAAGGAAUCCAAGUUUUACUUAUACUGUAAUUUCUUGCAGCAACAACCAAUUUUUGGUUGUUGGCGAGGCACAUGAUGCUGCUGCCUUCACCUUAUGGCUGCCAUAUACAGAACAUCACAGUUACAUGUUUUAAGGAUUUUUAUAUUAUUUUUCAUUUCUUUGUAUUGAGUCCUUU